UUGCGCGCGCACGUCGCCCAGUCGAUCCUGGUUCAAUGUCAGUAUGAGCACGAGCGCUCUCGUGCGCACAUGUGAAAUUCAUUCAUCUGUCUCAUGAAGAGAAACAUCACAUUCCAGUGAGAGCCUUCUGGUGGAAUGCUUUAAUCUCAUCACAUCACAGAAUGCUUUGUGGCAAAUGCUGGCAUGUAGCACUAUUCUCAAGAUCUCCGAACACAAUGCUGUGAUGACGUGCAGCUCCUUUAAUGCAGUCAGAUGAAUAAGCAGCACUUCUACAGGCAUGGAUUCAAACAGCACGUCUGGACCCAACCCCACAGAAGGUCCCAGCAAAAACACAUCCUGCGUGAUUCUUCUCUCCCUCACGCUUUCGCUUCUGGCCGUACUGACCACGGCGAUGAACUGCUUGGUCAUCACAGCCAUCAUCGUCACGCGCAAGCUGCACCAUCCCGCAAACUAUCUCAUCUGCUCUCUAGCCGUGACCGACCUUCUGGUGGCCGUCUUAGUCAUGCCCUUCAGCAUCGUCUACAUAGUGAAGGAGACGUGGGUCAUGGGUCAAGUCAUGUGCAACAUCUGGUUAAGCGUGGACAUCACCUGCUGCACGUGCUCCAUUCUGCACCUGGCGGCCAUCGCUGUGGACCGUUACCGCUCCAUCACGAACGCCGUGGAGUACUCGAGGAAGAGGACAUCCCUACGGGCCGCCGUCAUGAUCAGCAUGGUGUGGCUCCUCGCUAUAGUCGUCACUCUCCCGCCGAUGCUGUGGAGACAGCAAGAGGAGAACGACUGCAUCAUAAAGCACGAGAGCAUCGUCUUUACCAUUUACUCCACAUUUGGGGCUUUUUACAUCCCGCUAAUACUCAUUCUCAUUCUUUACUACAAGAUCUACCGAGCGGCGAAGACUCUUUACCAAAGGAGAGGGGCGAGUUGCCUCAACAACUCGGAGACGAACGGACACAUGCUGCCCAAGUGCAGCGACAGGGAGCCGAUGAGCCCCGACACACUGAGCCCUCCGGAGAAAUCCGUGUCUGAACCCUCCACCGAAGGCGACAGAGUGCGCAUCGCUGUGAAAAGCCCAAAGUCUCAGUCUCGCAGGGAGCGGUCCGUCAGGAGGCAUCGCAUCUCGAGCACGCGCGAAAAGAAGGCCGCCACCACUCUCGGACUCAUACUAGGGGCUUUCGUCAUCUGCUGGCUGCCGUUCUUCAUCCACGAGGUGAUCGUUAACGUCUGUUCGUCCUGCACUCACUCUCCGGACAUGGCCAACUUUCUGACUUGGCUGGGAUAUCUGAACUCUCUCAUCAACCCUCUGAUUUACACCAUCUUUAAUGAGGAUUUCAAAAGGGCUUUUCAGAAGUUGAUCAAGUGCAAGAAAUAUUUCUAGCGUCAAUGGAGGAAUUACGUCACGUGCGCG